AUGUAGCUUCUGCUCAGUUCAUUCGCCUCUAAGAACAUGCGACAAAUGCCACCAAGAAUUCAUAACCGUCCACAACAUUCCCGAGAGCUGCUUCCGAAUUUUGCCCAGCAUCAAACCGACCGAUUACAUCAAGAAGGAACCAGAGUUAAUGAUUGAUGACCACCACGAGUUGCCAGAUGUGGACUUUGGGCGGAUUGAACAGGAUGUCAAAAUGCGAAUUAAAAAAGAGAACGACGGAGAGGUAUUCUUCAUCAGAGGCGAAAUGGACGAAGACGACAAUAUGUCAUUAAUUCCAGAUGCUGGAACAAAUACACAAAAAACAAAUGAAUUGAGUGCUUUGCAGAAGGAAGCUCACACACCUUCGGAACAUCAUAAAAGUAAGGAUGACAUUGCGGAAGAAGGACAAAAACCGUUUAAAUGUAAAAAGUGUGGAAAAACAUUUAGCUUAAAAUACAAACUCAAUGCUCACGUUCGAAAUCAUACUGGUAAACGUCCCUAUUCUUGUCCACAUUGUCCGAAAACGUUCAGACGUCCUUCGGCGCUCAAACAGCACAUUCGAACUCAUACGGCAGUCAUUUCUUCGCAGAUGAACGUCCCCAUCCUUGUCCACAUUGUCCGUUGGCGUUUUGGUAUCCUUCGGACCUCCGAAAGCACACUCGAAAUCAUUCGGAUGAACGUCCAUUUUAAUGUCCGCAUUGUCCAAAAGCGUUUAAGAGGCGUUGCACGCUCAGAAAGCACACUGAAACUCAUCAGCGUAGAAACAGUGAAUGGGAAGGCUCCUCGGACGAAAUUGUAAUGGAAGACCACAUACGGUUAAAAACGGGAGAGAAACAGUUUAAAUGUAAAAUGUAUGGAAAAAUAUUUGGCCUACUAUCCAAGCUUAAACUGCACUUUUUCAUUCAUACCGGUGAACGUCCCUUCGCUUGUCCACAUUGUCCGAAAGCGUUUUCGCAUCCUACGACGCUUCAGAGGCACAUACGAACUCAUACGGGUUGGUAAAAAUUGAUAGCUGAACAUGAACAAUUUGAGGUGCACGAAACCAAAUAGCGAAAGAUUAUCGGAAUGAAACUCAGUAUAGCUUUUAUUGCGUGAAUAAAUGUAACGCGGAAUACAAAACGGGGGGAAAAUGGACGCGUCCCAACAAGAAUGAAAUUAGUUCACAGAUCUGUCACUGAAGGCGUUGCUGAAAUAAAGUGUGGCCAGUUUGGCUGCGAUGUGAAGCACACCGCACUACUCCCCCUUCCUAAUAACACUUUCAUUGUAUCCGGAAACGUACGUGAUGUCCACUUUUAGUUAUGCGGUCAGAUGAUGAAUCAGCAUCCUUGCUGAUGUGGGCCGGUUUUACCCUGUCGAUCGAAACUGUCACUUGUUUGUCUUUAAUUUUAAUGGUGAACAUUUUACUGUUCCUUGAGACGACUUCAUGUGGCCCUGUGAAAGGAGGUUCUAGUGCGGCUCUGACUUUGUCGGUUUUUAGAAAAAUGUGUGUGCACUCCACAAGUUCCUUUGGAAUAUAUACAUGUCGACUUGUGUCAUUAUUAGAAGCUGAUUUUGGUAUUAGCGAGUUCAUUUUUUCUCGUAGGUUGGCUACAAAAGUUUCUUUAGAACCCCAAAGGGGCUGCUUUUCAAUCAUCGCACCGGGAAUUCGAAUGAUCAUACCGUAUAGCAUUUCAGAUGCUGAUGUCUCUCCGCGUACCGCAGUUCUUAGUCCGAGUAGGACUAAUGGUAAAGCAUCGGUCCAACUUGAUUUGUAUGAUUCUAGUGCCGUUUUGAGUGGUCUGUGCCAGCAUUCAAUCAUCCCGUUGGCUUGUGGAUGGUAAGGUGUAGUAUGAAUUCGUUCUAAACCUAAUAAU